AUGCUGGCCGCCGCUACGAAGCGCUUCGGACGCGCCGUUGGCACCCUCGGCCAGCCCCGUCUGCCGCCGCUGCUCACCACACGCAUCUCUUCGCUGUCUAACGAAGCUUCAACGCCUUCGACUGACCCGCCCAAGCGCAGCAAACUCAAGAUCCCGACCAAGCGAGCAGCUGCGCUACUGCAGCAAUUGGAGGCGGAAGCUGUGGCCAAAGCUUCGGAAGGAAAGGAGAUUGAGGCGUUCAAGCCCGGGGAUUCCGUGGAAGUGCAGUACCUUCUGAGCCGCACAGGAGGUCGAGUGCAGCGUGUGAAGGGCGUCGUAUUGGCACGUCGGAACCGCGGAACAGGCAGCUCCUUUGUCAUUCGUAACCAUAUUGGUGGCUACGGCUACGAGCAGAAGAUCUUCCUGCACUCGCCGCUGUUGCAAAGCGUGAAAGUGCUGCAAGAAGCUUUCAUCCACAAAGGCAAGAAGCGCGUGCGUCGAGCUAAGCUCUUUUAUCUGCGGGAGAAGGCGCCUAGCCUUACUACUGUCUAA